UAAAUAAUUCGAAAUAGUUUUCUACAUGAACGAAAUGAAAGGUGGAGUUACAGAUAAUAGAUUAAUCAAUCAAGGAUUUAUAUCUAUAUAUUCUAGAAUGACAACGAUAGACAAUAAUAGAGAAUUGAUAAAAAAAGCAUUUCUCAAAUUAACUGAAAAUUAUAUUCAGCACGGGGCUAAAAUAAAAGAUUUAAAAUCCAUUAUUUUGACUAUUAUUGGAAAAAGUGCCAAGAACCGUAGCUUUGCACGUUCGAAGAAACUGUUGAUGUUAUUCGUAUUAUUUCUUUAUGGCACAUUUAAUAGAUAUUUUUACACUGAUAUAACUAAGAAUUAUCAAGGAAUUCGAUGUUUAUUGCCGAAUAAUUAUCUCGUAUGGGAGUUUACGAGACCGAUAACGAAUUGCGAUUACUGUCGCAACAUCGAAGCGCCAUUAAUCUUGCCAAAUUUGACCAAAGAGGAAUUUCAUUUUUAUUCCUAUUCGUCCCGACCUAUGAUAAUAAAGAAUGCAGCCUAUGAUUGGCCUGCGCGUAAAGAAUUUACUCUAGAGUUCUUUCGAAACUUGUACGAGUGUAUCGAGGGUGCUUACGAGUCGGUAGAAGAGGAAUGCCAAUUUUUACAUUUUAAAAGUAAUUUGGCGAAUUUGCGUCAAGUAUUUGCGAUGAGCGAAGGUCGAGCGUUACAUCAAGAAGGUGAAGAUCCCUGGUAUGUCGGCUGGAAGAAUUGCCAUCCACAGAUUCUAGAUGCCAUGAAGCAAUUUUACAACGUACCUUACUUUUUGCCAGAUGAUGCAGAAAUUCCAUACAGCAAUUAUAUUUUUAUGGGUUAUGAAGAAGGUGCCGUUAUGCAUCUGGAUUAUAUAUCGAGACUUAUGUGGCAAGUUCAGAUAACAGGUAGCAAAACAUGGACCGUGGCUCCAACGCCGGAAUGCGAUAGUGAAUGCAAAUCUUUUAAAUUCUCCGUCAAUGUAGCGGAUGUCGUGCUGCUGGAUACGCGAAUUUGGUAUCACAGUACUCACAUUGAAAAUGGAAAUCUUAGUUUGACAAUCACCUCCGAGUACGGGUAGACAUUCUUAAAAAAAAGAGCUUUUUAUGUAUUCCAGAGCUUAUAAUAUCUAUUUAGUAUACCUACUUAGCGCAAGCCAUAACCGUAUUUCUUGAAUGUAGCAAAAUUGGAUAAGAUUAAGUUUUUUAUCCUUUUGUGAGAAUAUUAAUUGGAGAAACUCGAUACAAUAUAUGCCAUUUUAUAUUUUCUUAUUCAAUACAUUUUUUAUUAUACAUUAUUAUCACAAUGAAUAAAAUUAUAUUGUUAAACAGAAAGAUUAAUUUUUUAACGCAUUUUAAAGGAAUAGUUAUUGAACUCGUAUAAGAUUAUCGUUUUGUGAACUAUUAUUGAAUAUUGUAAAUAGAUGUCACCUCUUUUUUUUCUGACAAUCGGAAAAAUAAUAUUUCUAAAAAAUAUAUUUGAAUAUUAA